AUGAGCACCGUGCUUGUGACGGGAGGCUCGGGCUUCCUGGGAAGCCAUGCGAUUGUAAGGCUGUUGCAGGAGGGAUACAAGGUCCGCACAACGAUCCGGAACCUCAGUCUCGAAGAGGAUGUCUGCACAAUGAUCCGCAAUGGCGGCCAAGACCCUACCGGCGUCACUUUUAUUAUCGCCAACCUCGACGAAGACGCGGGCUGGAACGAGGCAGCGCAGGGGUGUCAAUACGUCUGGCACAUUGCCUCGCCAUUCUCGCUGGUGGGUGGCGAUGAGGAGUCCAUGGUCCGGACGGCGCGCGACGGGACACUCCGCGUCCUGCGCGCCGCUCAGAAUGCGGGGGUCAAGCGUGUGAUCCUUACGUCGUCGUUUGCCGCGGUGGGCUACGGCCUGCCGUACAAAGACAAGGUCUUUACCGAGGACGACUGGACGGACCUCGACGGUCCGUACGUCAUUCCUAUGUUCAAGUCCAAGACACUUGCCGAGCGGGCCGCCUGGGACUUUGUCAAGCAAGGCGGUCCUGAGCUCGUGACGAUCCAGCCUGUGGGCAUGUUUGGCCCACUGCUCAGCUCCAAGUACUCCAACUCGUUCGGGACGUUGAAGAGCAUGAUUGAGGGCAUGCCCGGCGUGCCGCGCAUGUACCUCGGUGUCGUCGACGUGCGCGACGUGGUUGACCUGCACCUGCGUGCGAUGCGCACAGACAAGGCGAAUGGCCAGCGGUUCCUCGCCUCGAGCAACAGCGCAGUGCCUAUGCUGGACGUCGCCAACGAGCUGCGCACGCACCUCGGCGAAGCCGGAAAGCGUGUGCCGACACGCGAGCUCCCCGACCUGCUCGUACGCUUCAUGGGCUGGUUCAGCGCGCAGGCAAACCUGGCAGCCAUGUACCUUGGCAUUGCGCGCAAUGUCAGUGCCGAUAAAGCGCGCACCGAGCUGGGAUGGGCGCCGCGGGCGUACCAAGACACGCUGCGCGACGCAGUCGACAGCAUGCUCCGUUUCGGUGUCGUAUCCCCUUCAUAG